AUGCCCGUCCCUGCCUCCCCGCCCUGCCUGCCUCUGCCAUCCCUGCUGCUGCCUCUGCUGCUGGGACUCACAGGAGCAGCAGGUGAGCAGCUGCAGGUGAUUCAACCUGAGAAGUCACUAUUGGUGGCAGCUGGAGAGACGGCCACUCUGCGCUGCACACUGACCUCCCUGCACCUCGUGGGGCCCGUCCAGUGGUUCAGGGGCACAGGGCCAGGCCGGGAGUUAAUCUACAGUUUCAAAGGAGGCCACUUCCCCCGAGUCACAAAUGUUUCAGACAACACAGAGAGAAACAACAUGGACUUUUCCAUCCACAUCAGUAACAUCACCCUAGCAGACGCUGAUAUCUACUACUGUGUGAAGUUCCGGAAAGGGAGCCCUGAUGCGGAGGUUAAGUCUGGACAAGGCACCAGGUUGUUUGUUGGUGCUAAGCCCUCUCUUCCCGAGGUCUCUGGCCCUUCCAACAGGGCCAGCCCAGGCCAAGGAGUGAAUCUAACCUGCACGUCAACUGGCUUCUUUCCCAAAAACAUAUAUCUGAAAUGGUUUGAAAAUGGAGUGGAGCUUCCAGCCCUUCAGACUGACAUCUUCCCACCCGGAGACGCUUUCUCUUACACCAUCGUCAGCACCACCCUGGUGACUCUUGCCUUCUCCUCACUCCACUCCCAGGUCACCUGUCAAGUGGCUCAUAGAGAAUUGCAGAGCCCCCUCAGUAGCCAUGUGAACAUCUCCAAAUUCCUCCAAGUUGUACCCACAGUGAACAUAUCGACACACCAUGUCCCAAGUCUCCAGGCGGUCAUCCUCAUCUGCCACGUGCAAAGGUUUUACCCCGAUGGCAUACAAAUCACCUGGCUGCAGAGGAACAGAUGCUCCAGAACCUGUGAGUCCUUCGCCCCCACCAAGAACCCAGAUGGCACACUCAGCCAAGACUGUCAUAUCCUGCUGAAUGCCUCAGAAGACCAAAGCCUGUUCACCUGCCAAGUGGAACUUGAAGCUCAGACACUGGUCCAGGCCAGCGUGCAGCUUAGAGAAUUUAGAGAAAUUCAAGCAAGUUUGGUCACAGGUGCUAGAGAAUGCAGCUCCCUCUUUGGGACCCUCCUCCUGCUUGGCUGGAAGUUGUUUGCCCUGACUGCACUUUCCAUCAUCUAUGUCCUCAGGAGGAGCCUCCUUUCCAGGUUAAGGCACUGCAAUCCCCUCCUCAGCAACAUAGGACCCAGAGCUCCCUCCCAGCCUUUUCAGGAGGACUGACCCAGGAGGGAUAUUUGCUAUGACGCCAGUACUGCUAUGCCAGCUUCUCCUGCUUCAUCAGCCUUCUGAGACCUGUC